AUGAGCCAGGCAUAUGCUGAGUAUGUGGCUGCAUGCAAGAGGAACAACGAAUCGGUGGUGCUUAUCAGGUGGCUGGCAAGUGUCACCCACCGAGUGGCUGCAGAGACCAAAUUGCAACACGAUCGAAUUCGGGCAGCCCUCUUCCUGGCCCUGGCAAGCAUGCGAAUGGUUUUCACUUCCUGUGGCCUGAUCAUGGACAAGACCUCACUCAGGAAAGUGGCAUAUCACUGCGAGGUGUACUUCGACUCCUUAUAUUGGCUGGCGAACGAGGCGAUCGGGAACAAGCAGCUCCUCUGGAAAUUUCGCCCAAAAUGUCAUCAGCAGCUCGGCUAUACGCUGAAUCCGUGA